CAUCGUGUGAUGAAGUGGCAAACAUGGAGGGUAGUGGAGAAGCUUCAACGAAUGUAUUGUUAAAUGAUGAAUGCUAUGCUGAUUUUCUCACAGAGGACUUUGACGUGAAGACGUACACAGCCCAGGCCAUCCACCAUGCUGUCAUCGCAGAACAGCUGGCCAAGCUGGCUCAGGGCAUCAGUCAGCUGGACAAGGAGCUCCAUAGCCAGGUGGUAGCCAGGCAUGAGGAGCUACUUGCUCAAGCUACUGGGAUUGAGUCUUUGGAAGGGGUCCUGCAGAUGAUGCAGACCAGGAUCGCUGCUCUGCAGGGUGCUGUGGACAGGAUAAGGACAAAGAUUGUUGACCCCUACAAUAAGAUUGUAGCCAGGACUGCCCAGCUCGCCAGAUUGCAGGUGGCGUGUGACCUGCUGCGAAGGAUCAUCAGGAUCCUGUACCUGUCCAAGCGUCUGCAGGGCCAGCUCCAGGGAGGAAGCAGGGAGAUCACCAAGGCUGCCCAGAGCCUCAACGAACUGGACUACCUGUCCCAGGGGGUGGAUCUGUCUGGUAUAGACGUGAUAGAGAAUGACCUGCUGCUGAUCAGCAGAGCCAGACUGGAGGUGGAGAACCAGGCCAAGAGACUGCUGGAGCAGGGCAUGGAGAUACAGAACCCGACCCAGGUGGGCACGGCCCUUCAGGUGUUCUAUAACCUGGGCAAUCUGAGGGAGACCAUCAGUGGGGUGGUGGAGGGCUACCGGACCACCAUACAGGACAACGUCACUACCGCCCUGGACAUCAAGGGACUCACCCAGCCCACUGGCAACAGAGGUGCGCCAGGCAGAGCUGUGAUGCCAACCCCAGGUAACACGGCAGCGUUCCGAGCUGCUCUCUGGACCAACCUUGAGAAACUCAUGGAUCAGAUCUGUGCGGCUUGCGGACAGGUGCAACACCUCCAAAAGGUCCUGACUAAAAAGAGAGACCCUGUCACUCACGUCUGCUUCAUCGAUGAGAUCAUUAAGGACGGCCAGCCUGAUAUCCUCUACACGUUUUGGAGUGAUGUCACACACACUCUCUCAGUGGAGUUCCAGAGAGCUACGGCUGCCUCAUCCUUCCUCAAGCAGGCAUUAGAGGGAGAGUACCCUAAGCUUCUCCGUCUCUAUAAUGACCUGUGGCGUCGGCUGCAGCAGUACAGCUCCAGUAUCCAGGGGGUGAUAUCGAGCAGCGCAGGGCUGGACACCGCCAUGGACCUGCCCACCACAGAGACAGACAACCAGGACCUCUUCACACAUACCAAACACGACUACGAUCCAGAGAAGGCGUUGAAGGACUCUCUGCAGCCCUAUGAGGCAGCGUACCUCUCCAAGUCUCUGUCUCGUCUGUUUGACCCCAUCAACCUGGUGUUCCCCAUGGGGGGACGCAACCCCCCCUCCCACGACGAACUGGACAGCAUCAUCAAGACCAUCACCAGUGAGCUGAACGUGGCGUCGGUAGACCCCAGUCUGACUCUGGCCGUGGCCAAGAACGCUGCCAAGACCGUCCAGCUCUUCUGUGUCAAGUCUGAGCAGCUGCUAUCUACCCAGGGGGAUGCCAGUCAGGUGAUAGGGCCUCUAACAGAAGGCCAGAGGAGGAACAUGGCGGUGGUCAACUCCCUCUACAGACUACACCAGGCUGUUGCUAAGGUGAUAUCAGGAUUGGGGUCAUGUCCUCCGGCUGCUGAACAUGCUCUCACUGCUUCACUAGAGGGAGUACAGGCUCUGAUGGCCAGUGCAGUACAGCCUCUCCUGCUGUCGGUCAGUGACUCCAUAGAAGCAAUCAUCAUCACUAUGCAUCAGGAAGACUUCUCUGGGUCUAUGUCCACCCCGGGUAAACCGGACGUGCCCUGCUCUCUGUACAUGCGGGAGCUACAGGGCUUUGUGGGCCGUGUGAUGGCGGACUACUUCCGCCACUUCCAGUGUGUCGACUUCAUACACGACAACACGGAGCGCAUCGCCCAGCGCUGCAUCACACUGUUCAUCCGCCACGCCAGCCUGCUGCGCCCCCUAGGGGAGGGAGGCAAGAUGAGAUUGGCUGCUGACUUCGCUCAGAUGGAGCUGGCCGUAGCUCCUCUCUGUAGGAGAGUGUCUGAGCUGGGGAAACCCUACCGCUUGCUGAGAUCCUUCAGGCCCCUGCUGUUCCAGAACAGUGAGCUGAUAGCCAGCAGUCCAGCCGUGGGGGAUCUGAUUCCAUACAGCACCUUGCUACACUUCCUCUUCACCAGAGCACCAUCUGAGCUCAAAUCACCUCACCAGAGAGCAGAGUGGUCCAUCGCUCGCUACUCCCAGUGGCUGGAUGACCACCCUUCAGAGAGAGACCGCCUCACACUCAUUAGGGGUGCUCUGGAGGCCUACAUGCAGAGUGUGAGGGCUCGUCAGGGGAAGGAGUUUGCCCCUGUCUACCCCAUCAUGGUUCAGUUACUGCAGAGGGCCACCAGCGGAGCCCAGGACUCCAGGACCUGAGGGAACUACAACUUCCAUUAUGCAACUGUCUGUGUUUCACAUGGGCAUGGAGAACACCUCAGUGAAGAACACAGCCAAAUAGUAUGAAUGUUAUGACUAUAGAAUUUGUAGAACAGACAUGGUUAUGAAAAUCCUAAGCCUUUUUAAUGGUCCACCCAACAGGAGUUUCAUUAUUGAUAUGACUUCAGUGUUGCUCAUUUCAAUGGAUGUGAUAAGGAGCAAUUCAAACAUUCCAAAUGGAACGCCACCCACCAUGUUGUAAGCACAUUUCUGUUCUGCUAAUUCUAUGGCUAUGCCACAGAGGGCAGCACAAGGGGGCAGUUACCUGUGCUUCAUACUGGUGAAUGGGAAAUAAAUGCUUGCUAGUUAUUGGUAGGGGCUUUACUGGUUAUAAUGGUUAUAAUUUAGUUCUAUUAAAUGCUUUAUGGUGAACAAUGAUUAUCAUUAUAAGGAAUGAUUGAUGGUAGGGCUUUAAUAAUAAUAGUUAACCUAAUCUAAGGGCUCUAUUCAAUCCGUAUGGCAGAAAUUCAGCGAUUUUAAUUUAAAUGCAAUGUUCCGUGUUAGCGGAAACUGCAUUCACAGUAAAGGCUGCAGAUGUCGGCUCAUUAGGAAAUUACCUUUAGAGUUAUUGCGCGCUAUCUAUAACGCUACAGCGAUAUGGAUUGAAUAGAGCCCUUAGUCUAUUAAACACUUAACAGUUUAAACUGAAUCAGCUAUUUUCCUGUCUGGCCUAUAGAACUGUUCAUAUGUUCUGUCUUAUUUAAUGAUGUCCUGUGGGUCUAAAGCUCUAAGGUUGUGGUUAUAAUAAUACGAGAAGUAAAACAAGUUGUUGUGCCUGAUAAGAGGGCUCCCUGAUGAAGGCUUGUAUCCUGAGCCCUGUUUAUACCUGGUAACAUGCAGGAUGUGUCCUGAUCUUGUCCACAUUUUGAUUGUGCCCACAUUUUUAGACCGCUGUAGAUGAUUAAAAUGAUGUGAUCUUCCUGACCACCUCCAGAAGUAGUCCCGGAAAAAUGUAUUGGUUGGAUGAAAGCUGUGGGCAGAGCUCAGUGACAGGUCAGUAGGUAGAGGUGAGAUGAAAGCUGUGGACCGAGCUCAGUGACAGGUCAGUAGGUAGAUGUGAGAUGAAAGCUGUGGGCAGAGCUCAGUGACAGGUCAGUAGGUAGAGGUGAGAUGAAAGCUGUGGGCAGAGCUCAGUGACAGGUCAGUAGGUAGAGGUGAGAUGAAAGCUGUGGGCAGAGCUCAGUGACAGGUCAGUAGGUAGAGGUGAGAUGAAAGCUGUGGGCAGAGCUCAGUGACAGGUCAGUAGGUAGAGGUGAGAGUCAAAUAAAAUAAUUGCCAUACAGUUGGCAGAUUGGAGGUGGAUGAGGGACAUUAUACAUGUCGAGACCCACAUGGUUGCCAGUUCAUAUCCCAGUUGUGACUUUUGUUUGUCCAAUCUUACCCAACGUUUUUAACUAAUUACAUUUCUAAGAUAACUUUGACUGAACAGCUUUAAAUAUGUGCGGUGCAUUGGGCACUAGGAUAGGACAAUGCCUUUUCUCAAAGGUGGUCUAUUUAUAGCCCUGGUUACACCUUGCAUUAAUUAAAUGUGGUUUUCGUGAUCUGAUCAAGGUGAUCCAAUCACUAUCUAUUCAAGGUUUGUCAGGUGUACACAUGGGGUGUAUUCAUUAGUGCAAACAGUAGCAAAUGGUUUUGCAACAAAAAAAUUGCACAAUCAGAAUGUGGACAAGAUCAGGACAGGCAUAAACCGUGCUCUAGACAUUUUUUUCAAUAAAGAGUAUCUUGCUAUUUAACUUCCA